AUGGACAAGUGUAUGGAUGCGAAGUACACGUGGGAUCAGGAGCUGAACGAGAUUAGCAUCCUAAUGCCUCUGCCUGAGAGCUUUGAUGCAAAGCGUGUUGUUGUGGAGGUGAUUGGAAAGAAGAUUGUGAUCAACAAUGGGCAGGAAGCAGUGGUUGAGGGAGAGCUUUUGCACGAAGUAGAUGCUUCGAGUGUAUGGUGGACGGCUGAUGGAAGCAUGAUUAAUGUUGGCUUGUCGAAAAGAAGGAACGAGUGGUGGAGCAGCCUGUUGGUUGGCUCAGACGAGAUUGAUGUGGAGGAUCUUGCAGAAAACAGGCAUGCAGACAUAGACAUGCUUGAUCCCGAGGCAAGAGAGGUUGUUGAGAAGAUGAUGUACAACAAGGGAGACCAGAAGUAG